UUAAAAUAAUCCACCCAUCCAUUUUCUUCUGCUUUUGGGGAGUCGGGAUGUGGGGGCAGCAGCCUAAGUGGAGGCCCAGACUUCCCUCUCCCCAGCUCCUCUGGGGGAACCCUAAGUGGUCCCCUGGCCAGAUGAGAAACAUGGUCCCUCCAGUGUGUCCUGGGUCUUUAAGUCUUCUCCCGGUUGGAUGUGCCUGGAAAACCUCACCAGGGAGGCUUCCUGACCAGGUGCAUUAUUUAGUUUCUCCACUAGAGGGUGUGAGAAUUAAAUAGAAUGCCUCAGGUUUGCUGAGGAAUGCACCAAUCCUGUUACAGAGAAGCCAUUUUUAUUAUCUCACCUUGAUACCUCUGUGUAUGAAUGUUUGUUCGACAACAGAUGGUAUAAUCCUAAUCUAUUAAUUUGUUUAUUUCUCUGCACUUUAAAUGAAAAUAUCUAACAUUAUUUAGUAAUUUUCUACUAACUAAACAACCAAGUCUGUUAUCUCCAGAAAACACACAUUUAAUUAGAAAUUAAGGCAAACUCUUUUAAAAGAUACAAUUACAGUAUUAUUUUAAAACAUCAAAUGUGUUAGAAUAAAUUUCUUAAAGAAGUUUCACCUUGAACAUUAAAGCUCCAAAGACACUUGAUGAAAAAAAUAGGAAAUGAGAAAGAAAAGGCAAAAAUUCAACGUUCUGUUUUUGUUGUUAUGAAUGUUUACUACCUGGGGAACUGCAAAUUCUCACAUCUGGUAAAGAUAGGAAGCUUCAUGUGACAGGACAGGCUGCUCUAUUUAUAACCUCCUAAUGCCAGCGGGCCUCAGUGUGACAUGCACAAGGACAGAUGGACAUCAGAGCUAAAAUGUCCUGCAGGAAAACAUUAAUGUCCCCUUUAAAACUUGGAGAUGUGUCCUCCUGCUGCAGAAUGAAGAGUGUAUGAAGUGUCACAAUGGAUGAUUUUGAUCAUAGCAUUCAUAUUGCAGAAGAUGACUGGAGCAGCUUCUUUGAUGAAAGUGAGGAAUGUGAUCUUCUCCAGCCAUCGCUCGCCUGUCCUGAUGACUCUGACCUCAGUGAUCCAGAGGAGUCAGGCCAGCAGGAAUCACAGAUGAGCCCUGGUGCAGAAGAAAGCUGCACAGGCUGUACAAAUUCCCCAAAGCGGCUGAAUCAAAGUGUUUCAAGGGGAGCGGAGAAGGAUUCUGCAACAUGCACGAAAGAGCUGGAAAUAUGUGUCAGCUGUCCAGAAAGAAACACCAUCACUGUGGAGUCAUUGCACAAAGAGACUGAACAAAACAGCACCUACACAACACAAACAAAACCACGUGAUUGUUUCCACUCAGGGGAGUCAAAAAGACUAACAAAAGAUGGAAAUGUGCAAACGAGUGACCACAAACCCGCUGCAGAUUCUGAACUACUUUUUUACAGCCCAGCAGAUCUGAGCAUGAAUGAGCUGGAUGCCUCAGAAAGGGUGAGUGACACAGGAGCACAGAAGGAGCGCUGGUUUGUGACUAUAGAUGAUAACCUGGCACGACGACAGCGGCGAGGGCGUUCUGCUUCUUUGAAAAAAAAACUCAAGCAAAAAAAAGCCUGUGAGGGAGGUCACGAGGGCAUCCUCAGCCAGCAGGAGAGCUCAGCAGAAAACGGUACUAAACAAGAACCUGGAGAGUAUCAAAGUGGUGAUUUGUCCCACGGGUCUGGUGGUUUACAAGAAAAAUCACUGGAGCACAUAAAGUAUCACAAUCUUGAAGGCCAUGCUGAACUCUUUUCUGGUGACUUUUGUGAUUCUCAGAGUUGUUUAGCUGCUGAAACCAUGAAGGAAGCUCAGCAUCCUCCUCCAGAAAGCCCUUAUUUACAGUGCUCAUUAUCUCUGACAUGUGACAGCAGCACCAAGGAUGCUGAAGCUGGCCAAGUCCAGGACGAACAGAUGUCUUCACAGUUUGCAGUGGCGGCAGCAAACUGUAAUUGUUAUGAAAUCACUUCUGUAGAGCCCUCUAUCGCAUGUCCAUCAGCUGCAGAUUCGCCAGACGACGACUCCACAUGUGACUACAACUCAAGCUCGGAAACAUCUGGGCCUCAAACCGCUCUAAGCUGUAAUGUCUGUUCUCAGGAAGAUUAUCUCAGCUCUCUCCCUGCUCCUGACCCACCUUGCUUUCUGCUCGACAGUCCAGAAACAUACGCAAAAGCCGCCGGAAACACUAAACCUGUGUUUGCCAUUUCCGCUUUCUGGGAUGACAUGGAAAAACUGACAAUAAACGACAUUUUGCAGGUGAGGAAAGGUAGAAUCUCUCAUCCAAAGCUUAUAGAAGAAGUUGAGCCAGAUCCAAUAAACUCACAGGGUGAUGCUGUGGAGUAUCAUCUAUCUGACAGCGGACUGACGUACACGUCAGACGCUGCAGACUCGGACUAUUUUACACAGCCUGAUGACUCUAAACCAGAUCGCUGCAGUUGUGAGUUUCUGAACUCAGAUGGCGAGGAAGAUUGUUGGCCUUUUGUUGGUGCCAGUGCCAAUCCAAGUCCUGAUCUUUACCACAAUAAUCAACAAAGUGCCUCUUCUUUUUUAGCACAUGAGGACGGCUCCAAAAGCUCGGAUGGGAGGGAGACACCUGUCCUUCUUGAGGAUGUUUUAGGGUGUUUUGGCAACCAGGGGCAAAGCAUUCAUGAUGCUCCCAACACAGAAGACUUGUGUUUGCUGCCAUUACAUCGCAGUGAUGAGAGUUUUCUGUGUCUCCAUGAUUUAAAUCCAAAUAACUACCUGGAAGCUCUCAUUCCUGCAUGUUUUUCCUCCCACGUUGAUGUUCUGGAUGCACAUUACCAAACAUCCAAUCCAGAGAUUCCUGUAUGCGUUUUCAGAGAAUCCAAGUCACAGAGCCUCACUGCUUAUGAUCCACGGAAGAUUUUUGUGGAUCUGAACUUUAAUUCCACCCUCUGUAGAGAAAUUGCACCCUCCAGCACGGACAAACCCAUUCCCAUUUUCUCCUGCUCUCACCCUACUAUCGGAGAGUUCACAUUCCCAAAGCCUCUGCGUGUUUUCCUAAGAGAGGAUGAAAUCUCUCCGAUCAGGCUUGUGUCUCGUUCAUUCAUUCAGGCCAAUCCACAUGCAACAGGGAAAUGCUGGAAAACUUUGCUGUCCAUGAGGAGAAUUAGCUUCCCAGACAAAGGCAGCAUCUGCUGUAGAGGAUACAGCGUCUGGAUGCUCCCAGCUGAGACUGAGGAGAAUCCAAUGGUGUCGGAGAUCAGAGAGGGAAAGGUCGGUCCAGAUUCUUCUCAGGAGUUCACAGAGCUGGAAGAGAAACUGGAAGGUUUGGAAAAUGUUUCGAUGAUAAAGCGAAAUGGCAUCUUCUCCACAGUGAAGCAGUCAGAUAUGUGUUUAGUCUGCAUCGCUUUUGCCUCCUGGGUCCUCAGAUCUUCGGAUCCAGAGGCUACAGAUGCCUGGAAAGCAGCUCUUCUAGCAAAUGUGAGCGCUCUGUCAGCCAUCCAGUACCUGCGUCAGUCCACAAGGAGGAAGAAUCCUUUUCAACAUCAGCUCUGACCUGAACUUUCUCAAGAAUAAAAGAAGUAUGACAUCUUUUGGGGACCACACAAGGACAAAUAUUCACUACGUAUAGGGUUUGAAUUUAUACAGGUGAAACUGGAAAAAUUCCAAUAUGGUGCAAAAGUUUCUUUCAGUAUAUCAGUUUAGACUGAGAGACCAUCUAAAGGCUCAGGAUGCCUUUGCAGGUGCUUUGGACACAUUUGCUGAAUAGGGUAUGACAUUUGAUCCUACAAUAUUGAACCUUUUCACACUAUUCUAAUUGACUGAGAUUUUGAUUGUGGUGUUUUCAUAAGCUGUGAGCCAUGAUCAUCACAGUUAUAAUAAAUAAAGGCUCGAGACAUCUA